GGUAAAACCACGGUUUUGUCAUAAAAUACCCUACCGCUGACUUUUCCGGUACGAUCUCCGGUACGGUUUCAUGGACCAUGAUAAAUAGGGGGUUUCUUCGACUGUGAGUGUCUCACCUCACAGCUAGCUAUACAUAUGUAAAUCCUUGUUCUCCGUGGUUUCCGACUAGGGAUGGCAACCAAACCCGAACCCACGGGUACCCACCCGACCCAACCCGGUCAACGCGGGUAAAAUCCGUGUUGACGGGUUUUGGGUCGGGUUUGGGUUUAAACCUGUUCACUAUUCACCGGGUUGGGUUGAGUUUGGGUUUUGGUAAAUCCGACCCGUGGGUACCCGCCCACACAUAUAAUUAAUUUUCUCGGUAUAUUUAAUAUUUUAAACAACUAAUCUUAUUUAUGUUUGUGGAGACAUGUCUAAUUUUUUCUUUCUAAUGGUGUAGAAUGAAGUUUGUGUUAUCGAGUGGAGAGUGAAGAAACUUAAUUGAAAGGAAGAAGCCUUCAAUUAAUCAUGUUAUUUAUGGAUAAUUUAUGAUUUAUUUCAAUUUUCUUGAGUCUUCUAGAUUGGUGUUGAACAAUUUGUAUAGUUAAUUUGUGAUUUGCUUGAAUUUUCUAGAAUGGUGUUUUAAAUAUGGAUAAUUUGUAUUGAGAGAUUGAUAUUUGAGUUUAAUUUUGAUAGGAACUUGUUAUUGUAAAUUUUUUACGACAAAAACCCGUGGGUACCCAUGAACCCGCGGAUACCCAGCGGGUUGGGUUGGGUUUGAGUUUUUCAAACCCAGUGGGUUUUACCCCGGGUUUUUUUCAUGGAUAAACCCAUGGGUUUGGGUUUGGGUUUGGGUUUGGCAAAACCCGACCCAACCCGACCCAUUGCCAUCCCUAUUUCCGACUCAUUCAUAACUGAUAGCUUUUUAAUCUUUGUACAUUAACGAGCACGUAAUAUCACAUAUGAUCACUUAUCGCCUGCUCGGACUGUCAGUUUGGGUUUGUGUAUUUUGGAUCAACGAAAACUAAAAUAUCUGGCUCAGUUUAUCGAUAUCUAUUAACGAUUUUGAAUCGUUUUGCACCCAUUCUAAAGGUUUUAGUUUCCAUUCUAAGAUGAGAAUGUUUGUUUCGGGUUUUCAAUUUUCGCGGUUAACGGUUUGGUUAACCAAACUCAACAUGAAAAUUUCACACAUACUUAUUGCACACAAAACCCUUACUAGGAUCCUUUGGCUCCAGAGUCCAGACCCAGCAUGCUACCAUUCUCAAGCGUCUCCUUGCUAAGUAGCAACUACUCAAAGUCAAAACCCCUAACGUCGUUACCUCUCCAAGGGCUCAUUGUCAUUGAAAUACUUCAGUAUGUGGACCUUUCAAGGGCUUUUAGAUGGUGGGCUUAUAACAAAACUACUUCUUACUUCAUCACUAUUGGGGUUUACUUUGAGCCCAAAAUCCAAAUAUAUAAUCCCAAAUCGGCCCUGUUUCUUUGGGCUAAUCAAGUGGGUUUACCUCUCUAGAGUAUAGGCAAUGCAGUCAAAAUCUAGAUUUUAAGUAAAAUCGCAAACUGAGGUAGAAUCGAAAUCGUAGAUUAAAAUCGUAAAAUCGUAAGAUUUUAAGGUUCAUAUUAAAAUAAAUACUUAAAACACUAGAUAGUAAUAAAAAUGCAUAUCUUGAAUAACAAUCAACCACAUAAAGCAUAAUUACUUCCCAAGAUAAGUUUGUUUGCUAAACAAACACAACUAAUCCAUAUAUUUUUCUUGUACAUAAUAGAAACACACAAAUAAGAAACCUGAAACAUUAUAGAUAUCCCUGUUAAUUAAUUGUUAAGAGUAGAAAAUCACAUAAGAUCGUUAGGAUCAACAUUAACAUCACUGACACAUCAUCAUCAUCAUCCUCAACCUCACCCUCACUCUAAUCGUUUUUGUUUGUUUAAGGACUAAUAUCAUUACUCUUAUGAUCACUUGAAGUACUUUCACCAUUAACCAUAUUUCCUUGAUUAUCAUCAUCUGGAAAAGAUAACUCAUUGAUUGAUGCAUUCCCUUCUUAAUUGAUAAAAGGUCGGGUUAGUGGUGCUGAAGGAUUGGGAGAUGAACAAAAGCUUGCAAUGUAAUGGAGAUUUGGAUUAUUGUGAGGGUGGUGGGAACAAAUUACAAGCUAAUUGGGAGGCUGGAAGAUAUCGUUGAUGAAAGGAGUAGGGCGCCGACGUGCGAAAGAGGAAGAUACGAGGAAGAGAAUGAAAAUAAAUUGAGAGUUAACUCUCAGGUUGGGGUUGUUUUGUUCAUUAUGUUGGGUUGGGGAAAGUAAAUUUGACUCGGUUCAUGGGCAUAACCCAACUUGACCGGCCUAAUUUUGAUCCAAUUGAUAUGAACCUUGAAAUCGUACAAAAUCGUAGAAAUCGUAGAUUUUAUGGAUUUUAGAGUUUUAAAUCGGGAUUUUAUGGGAUUUUAAGGUUCAAAGAUUUUACAGUAAAAUCAGGAUCGAAACCCAUAGGUAAGAUCGUAAAAUCGUAAGAUUUUAAGAUUAAAAUCGGGAUUUUGACUACAUUGAGUAUAGGGGUCGUUUGGAUUGAGUAUUUGACAAACUUAUUGUUUGGGGUCAAUUACCACACAAAUACCACAUAAUAUAAAACCUGUUAUUUGGUAUGUGAUAUUUGGUCUCAAACUUGUUAUUUGGCAAAUACUUGCCCCUCUCAAGUAUUGGGCAAACAACACUUUUUGUGUUAUUUGGUCUCAAACCUGUUAUUUGGCAAAACACUUACAUCCAAAUAACGCAUCCCACUUUUAGUCAGCCAAACAUGUUAUUUGGGGUCAAAUAACACAAAAUCUGUUAUUUGACCCUAAAUAACACCCCCAAAUACUCAAUCCAAACGAAACCUAAGGGGUCGUUUGGAUUGAGUAUUUGAUAAACUUGUUGUUUGGGGCCAAUUACCACACAAAUACCACAUAAUAUAAAACUUGUUAUUUGGUAUGUGAUAUUUGGUCUCAAACUUGUUAUUUGGGAAAUACCUGCCCCCUCCCAAGUAUUUGGCAAACAACACUUUUUGUGUUAUUUGGUCUCAAACCUGUUAUUUGGCAAAACACUACAUCCAAAUAACACAUCCCACUUUUUGUCAGCCAAACAUGUUAUUUGGGGUUAAAUAACAGAUUUUGUGUUAUUUGACCUCAAAUAACACCCCCCAAAUACUCAAUCCAAACGACCCCUAAAUGUUAUUUUCCAUAUCACCCAUUAGCAAACUCCCCCAAGGUGUUACGAUUUCACCCAUCUCUUGAAAAAAAAAACCACUCAUCCAAAUGUAACAUAAGGGGUAAACGUAUUCACUCAUAUGUUACAUACAUAAAUCUCUAACCUUCAUAUCACAUUUUAAAAAGACCUCAACAAAUCCCCCGUAGCAGAAAUUAACCCACCGGUAAAAAAAAUCUCUGGCCAACCACAGUAAAAAAAACAAAAAAGAUGGCCAAGCCAGUAAAAGUUGAAAUCAUCUCAAAACAAUACAUCAAGCCAAGCUCCCCAACCCCGCCGGAGAAGUCGUCGCUAAAGAUCUCGGUAAUGGACGAGCUCAACUACGUCAUGUCCACGCCACUUGUCCUCUUUUACCCGGCCGCCGACAUCGGUCCCGAAGACGACGUCGUUUCGUACCUCGACGGCAAAUCCCGGCUCCUGAAGGCCGCCCUCGCCGACACGCUCACCCUCUACUACCCCUACGCCGGCGUCCUCACCGACGCCGGGAACUCGAUCGACUGCAACGACGCCGGCAUCGAGUACGUCGAGGCCGCCGUCGACGGGACCCUCUCCGACGCCGUGUUCCGCCGCCCGGACCCCGACCUCCUCGAGAACUUCCUCUUGGUUCAGGACCUCGCCGGCAGCGGUCGCUACGUCGGUGCCAGGGUCCAGACCACCGCGUUCUCCUGCGGCGGCAUGGCGGUGGCGAUCAGCCUGACGCACAAGAUCGGCGACGGCGCCUCCCUGCAGACGUUCCUCCAGACCUGGGCGGCCGCCGUGGCGGCCAGGGAGAAAUCGACGCCGAUUCCGGCGGAGUUAUUCCCGGAGUUCGCGUCCGACUCCAUCAUCCUGUCGUCGAGUGACGUCGGGGUGCCCCUCCCGACGCCGCCGGCGGCAAGGAGGGAGCAGGUCCGAACCACCACGAGGAGGUUCGUGUUCCGGCCGGAGGUGAUCGAGCCGCUCCGUCGCCGGUGCUCCAGCCCGGCGGUGGAGCGCCCGACCCGGGUCGAGGCCGUCUCCGCCGUCAUAUGGAGGUCGCUGAUGAAGAUCAACGCCGCCAAACGCUCCGCCGCCGGACUUCAAAAUCAGAAGAAGAAGAAGGAGUCGGUGCUCGUCCAGGCCACAAACUGGCGCACGAAGUUCAACCCGCCUCUCUCCGCCCACCUCGUCGGCAACCUCUCCGGGAAACUCAUCUGCCGCGCCGAAAACGGCCCCGACGAGGACCUGAAAUCCCUCGUGGGAUACAUACGGGGCGAGAUGCGGGCGGAGCACGAGCGGCACUUCGCAGAGACGAGCAGGAAGAAGAUCGGGGUGGACGACGUGGUGGAAGCCAUCAUCGACUUCGCGGUCGAGUUCAAGGAGAUGCACGCCAGGGACGACGUCGACUUGUACAGCUUCAGCAGCCUGCUGACGUUCAAGUUCCACGACGUGGAUUUCGGGUGGGGGAAACCGGCGUGGGUGGUCUUCACCAACUUGAUUUUGGAGCAGUUUGUGCUGUUUCUUGAAGGUGGCGGCCGUGAGGGGAAAGGUGGCGGCGGGGUGGAGGCGAUGGUGUCGAUUGGGGAAGAUGAUGCGGCGGCGUUGGAGGAGGAUGAGGAGUUGCUCGAGUUUGCGUUGUUCAAUCCUCCGGUUGGAGGUGGAGGAGGAGGAGGAGGGAAGAGGGAGGGAAGAGGGGCGAAGAUUUUGUCGUCCUUGUGAUUUUGUUGCUUGUUUGUGUUUUCUCUUGUUGGAGGUUUUAUGGUGAUUACUGACUUGAGGUAUUCGUAUUGAUGUAUCGUUAGAUUGGGAAUGAACCCGUAAUAAUCAAUAAAGUGGAGAAAUUUUGGAUGGUAAAAGAUUGAUUUUCCAUCUGCAAAUUAUCUAGAAACGUACAGAUACAAAUCAUAUCUUUGACUUCAUAUGUGUGGAGAAACUUUCAUAGUUUCGAGACCGAAAAAAUGGAAAAAAAGUUGAUGUAAUACGAAUGACUUAUUUGUUGAAAUUCAUGAUUGUUUUUAGGGAAAAUGUUUGUUGUUAAGUGUGAGUUGCAAAAUAUAUUAUUUGCGUCGCGAGUAUUGGAAGUUACGGGAAUCUCGCUGCUCAACGUAAAUCUAUGUGUUUUUUACUUAAUUUCUUGUCAAGACCCUGAAGCUUUGUGGUGAUAGCUAACUUAAGAUUUUCAUAUUGAUGUAUCCGACAUCAAAUUAGGAAUGAACCCGUAAAUCGUAAUAACCAUUAAGACAGAAAUCCCGCUAGUGCUAAGGGAUUGAUUUCCAUCGUUUAACGUACAAGUUAUCUAGAGCAUAGAUACCGAUCAUAUAUAUCGACCCCCAGCUAGAAAUAAAUCUGGUGUUUGGACAACUUUCAUAGUUUCGAGACUUGGAAAAUGGAAAAAAAAUGUCUGCAUAGUACAGUUGACUUAUUUGUUGAAAAUUCACGAUACAAAGAGAAAUAUUUCUAAGAAAAAGAAAGUCUAAUAUAGUAAUCUCCAAAAGCGUCAUUACUUCUUCGUCAAUCUUCCACAUUGAUUCAAACAAGUAUAAAAGGUCGCCAUCUUAACCAGGGGCGUAGCCAAGAUUUUGUCAAGGGUAGGUCCAUUUAAAAAAAAAUACGAUAAAAUAGUUUUGUUAGCGUUUUAAAUAAUUCAUGAUAUACUUUUAUACUUACAAACAUUUGAUAAAUUAAUUAUAGGUCGAAACUCUCAAGAAUAUCACUCUGUAUAUAUCAACCAAUUAUUAAUGAUUUAGUUAGACAUUUGCUUUUGAAUGGUGUUCUUCGUCAAGACCAUUUAGUACCAAUAACUCAAGUUUUUGUGAAAGAUUUAAUAAUAGACUUAUACUAUUUAACAAUGUUUUUCGUCAAGACCAGUUACUACCACUUUCCCGCUAACGAAAACCAACUAUUACGUGCUUAAAUUUUCCGCAAAUCCGAAUAUCAUGUGCUUUACAAAUGGGGUCGCCAAAAUUCGAACACAUGAUCUCUCGGUCAACCAUUCUCAAUUAGAACUUUACAAAUGGGGUCGCCAAAAAUCGAACACAUGAUCUCUCGGUCAACCAUUCUCAAUUAGAAGUGUCUUAAAUUUCAUUCUCAAUUAAACAUUAUACUAUUUUACUCAUUUUUGUCCUUAGGAGCCACCCGUUACACUCUCUCUACCUCUGAUUGAAAUAAAAUUAUUUUUAUAAAUUAGCUAUGAUUUGGUGAAAAUUUGUUCGAGAUGUUAAACCAAUACAUCUUCAAUUUUGGGUGGAUCAUAUGCACCAUUAUCAUUUGUACAUAACUCGUUAUAAAAACAUUAUAUAUGUCAAUACACAACUUAUAUCAUUCAUCAAAUAUUUGAAAGAUCAAUUAUUCUCAUUUAAAUACGUGUUAUUUUUCAUACCCGAUUUACUAUUAUAUCUAAUUUAUUAUUUUUCCUCCCGAACCAGGGUGGGUUCCUGCAACCAUCCUCUAACCUUCUCCCUCCGCCCCUGAUCUUAACCCAAUAGAACCCACCACCACCAUCGAUUUACCACUCCAGCAAUGAACAUCAUGUGGUUUG